GCGCCGCCGCCGCAGAACCCUUCAUCAACGGCACAUCCUCCAGCUACGUCGAGGAGAUGUACGUCCAGUGGCUGCGAGACCCGGCUGCCGUGCACGCGUCGUGGGACGCGUACUUCUCGCGGGCGGCGGGCGGCGCCGGGCCGGGCGCCGCCUAUAUCGCGCCGCCGUCGCUGGCAGCGCCGUCUGCCAACUCGCUGCCUGUGUCGGCGCUCGUGCCGAAGGGUGGCCGUGCCAGCCUGCCCGGCAUGGCCGUCAGCGAGAACACCAUCGCCGAUCACCUCAGCGUGGUGGGCGUCAUUAGGAGCUAUCAGAUUCGUGGCCACCUAGUGGCGCGGCUGGACCCGCUGGAGAUCGAGCGCAAGCCGGUGGAGACCGCCUCUGAGAUCGUCGUCAGGGGCUACAUGAAGAACUUCGACGAGGAGGACAUGGACACGGUGUUCCAGCUGCCCUCCUCCACCUUCAUCGGCGGCAGCCAGAAGGCGCUGCCUCUCCGCGAGAUCGUCGACCGCCUGGAGCAGGCGUACUGCCGGAGCAUCGGCGUCGAGUACAUGUACAUCAACGACCUGGAGCAGUGCAACUGGAUCCGGCACAAGAUCGAGACGCCCGGCAUCAUGCAGUUCAGCAACGACGAGAAGCGGCUGAUCCUGGCGCGCGUCGCUCGGGCCAGCGGGCUGGAGUCGUUCCUGGCGCGCAAGUUCUCCUCGGAGAAACGGUUCGGCCUGGAGGGCGGCGAGGUGCUGAUCCCGGCCAUGAAGCACAUCAUCGACGUCUCGUCCGCCAUGGGCGUCGAGUCGUUCGUCAUGGGCAUGCCUCACCGCGGCCGUCUGAACGUGCUGGCUAACGUGUGCCGGAAGCCGCUGGAGCAGAUCUUCGCCCAGUUCGCCGCGCUGGAGGUGGCCGAUGAGGGCUCCGGUGACGUCAAGUACCACCUGGGCACGUACAUCGAGCGGCUGAACCGGCUGACCAACCGUAAUGUGCGGCUGGCCAUCGUGGCCAACCCGUCCCACCUGGAGGCCGUCGACCCGGUGGUGCAGGGCAAGACCAAGGCCGAGCAGUUCUACAGGGGCGACAACGACGGCAACAAGGCCAUGUCCAUCCUGCUGCACGGCGACGCGGCCUUCUCGGGCCAGGGCGUGGUGUACGAGACGAUUCACCUGUCCGACCUGCCCGCCUACACCACCCACGGCACCAUCCACAUCGUGGUCAACAACCAGAUCGGCUUCACCACCGACCCGCGCCUCACCCGCUCGUCGCCCUACUGUACGGACGUGGCGCGCGUCGUGAACGCCCCCAUCUUCCACGUCAACGGAGACGACCCGGAGGCUGUGAUGCACGUGUGCAAGAUCGCCGCCGAGUGGCGCAACACCUUCCACAAGGACGUCGUCAUCGACAUCGUUUCGUACCGGCGCAACGGCCACAACGAGAUAGACGAGCCCAUGUUCACCCAUCCGUUCAUGUACAACAAGAUUCGCAAGAUGCCCAACAUCACCGAGAAGUACGCUCAGAAGCUGAUUGACGAGGGCACCGUCAACGCCGAAGAAGUCAAGGACGUGAUCGACCGGUACGAGAAGAUCUGCGAGGAGGCGCUGGAGGCCUCCAAGAAGGAGACGCAGAUCUACAACAAACACUGGAUUGACUCCCCGUGGUCCGGCUUCUUCGAGGGCAAGGACCCGCUGAAGAUGUCGCCGACCGGCGUGGUGGAGGAGACGCUCACCCACAUCGGCAAGCGGGUGUCGUCGGCGCCCCCCAACGCCGUCGACUUCGUCAUCCACCGCGGCCUGCAGCGCGUGCUCAACUCCCGGAUGGAGAUGGUGGAGGGGCGCACCGUCGACUGGGCGCUGGCCGAGGCCAUGGCGUUCGGCUCGCUGCUCAAGGAGGGCUUCCACGUGCGCCUGUCGGGUCAGGACGUGGAGCGGGGCACCUUCAGCCACCGUCACCACGUGAUGCAUCACCAGAAGGUGGACAUGGCCACCUACCGACCGCUCUGCUACCUGUACCCCGACCAGGCCCAGUACACCGUCUGCAACUCGUCACUCUCCGAGUUCGGAGUGCUCGGUUUUGAGCUCGGCUUCAGUUUGACCAACCCGAAUGCCCUGGUCUGCUGGGAGGCGCAGUUCGGCGACUUCUGCAACACCGCGCAGGUGAUCAUCGACCAGUUCAUCGCCUCGGGCCAGGCGAAGUGGGUGCGGCAGUCGGGCCUCACGCUCCUGCUGCCCCACGGCAUGGAGGGCAUGGGUCCAGAGCACAGUUCGGCGAGACUGGAGCGGUUCCUGCAGAUGUGCUCCGACGACCCCGAGUACUUCCCGCCGUUCGCCGCCGACGAGUUCGCCAUCAGGCAGCUGCACGACUGCAACAUGAUCGUGGCCAACUGCAGCAUGCCCAGCAACUACUUCCACAUCCUGCGGCGCCAGGUGCACAUGCCGUUCAGGAAGCCGCUGAUCCUGAUGACGCCCAAGUCUCUGCUGCGCCACCCGCGCGCCCAGAGCAGCUUCGACACUAUGUGCAGCGGCACAGAGUUCAUGAGAGUGCUGCCGGACACGGGCGUGGCGGCGCAGAACCCGGCGGGGGUGCGGCGUGUCAUCUUCUGCAGCGGCAAAGUCUACUUCGACCUGGAGAAGGCCCGCGAGGAUCGCGGCCUCCAGGACAAGGUGGCCAUCGUCCGGCUGGAGCAGCUGUCACCGUUCCCGUUCGACGAGGUGAAGCAGCAGCUGGACCUGUACCCGGCCGACGCCGACAUCAUCUGGACGCAGGAGGAGGCCAAGAACAACGGCGCCUGGGCGUACAUCGAGCCGCGCUUCGAGACCACCGCCGCCAAGGCCAAGAUCAUCAGGUCCGAGUCGCCUCAGGCAGCGGAUCCGCUGCCGGCCUCUGGCACCUCUUGGUUUUGGCGUUUGUUCGGCCGGUCGGCCCCGAUGGAGCCGAGAGUGGGGCCCCAGCCGCCGGCCAGGCCCCCGCCCCCGUGCACGCCUGCCAGACGCAUCCGGUACGUGGGCAGAAACUGCGGCGCCUCGCCGGCCACCGGCAGCAAGACAGCGCACACCAAGGAGCUGGACGGUCUGCUGAGUGGCUCGUUCGCCGACCUAUAGCGGCCGCCGCGCGCCGCUCCGUAGUGGCCGCGCUCGGCCGUAGUCCGCCGGCGGA